CCUUCCUGGCCUCCCUGGCCCGUGGGUCCUCACUUCACUGAAACCAUCCCGCGCCACCGCGCGCCCCACAGCGCCGCACCUCCUUCCCCGGCCACGGCCGCCGUCCCGGCGUCCCCCGAGAUCUAUAUACCUUCUCCCCCUGCCCCUUCCCGCUCACUUUCCGCAACUCCGGCUUCCCGUCCCCGCACGGGAAGCAGAGGAAAUGGCCAUCUCCUCCGCCCUCUCCGAUCGCAAGCGCCCCAUCGCGAUUUCCGUCGCCCUCUUCAUCCUUCUCUCCUCCCUCUUCCUCCUCCUCAGCCCCGCCCCUUCCGCUCUCCCCUUCUUCUUCUCCCCCACCUCCCGCUUCUCCUCCUUCUCCUCGCGCGCCGCUCCAGCGCCUCCCCAAACCCCACUGCCCAUCUCCGCUUUGGCGCCGCCCCAAACCCCAUUGCCCGUCUCCUCUCCAGCGCCUCCCCAAACCCCAUUGCCCGUCUCCUCUCCAUCGCCGCCCCAAACCCCAAUUCCGGUCCCCGCCGACGCAUCUUCACACGAAACAGCAUCUGGCGGGAGCAGCAGCAGCGCCGCCGAUCUACCCCGACCAGAGGCUGCCGCCACUGCAGAUGUCGCCGACACCAACGCAACCCAGCUGGGUCACGGCACGCUGCCCGCUGCCGCUGCACAAGUGAGCACAUCGGUCGACACAAAGGAGAUCACCGCCGGCGUCUCGGGCGGACGAGGCGCAGAGGGGGGCGGCGGGGAGGAGAAGCCGGUGGAGGCACCGUCGUGGGGAUUGUGCGCGGUGGGGAGGCGGGUCGAGCCCGCGGACUACAUACCGUGCCUGGACAACGUGAAGGCCGUCAAGGCGCUCAAGUCGAUACGGCACAUGGAGCACCGGGAGCGGCACUGCCCCACGAAGCCGCGCCCGAGGUGCCUGGUGCCGCUCCCCGCGGGGUACCGGCUUCCCCUGCCCUGGCCGCGCAGCCGUGACAUGAUUUGGUAUAACAAUGUUCCUCACCCAAAGCUAGUGGAAUACAAGAAGGACCAGAACUGGGUGAGGAAGUCUGGUAAUUAUUUUGUCUUUCCUGGAGGUGGAACUCAAUUUAAAGCAGGUGUGACCAGAUACAUCCGAUUCAUUGAACAGAUAAUGCCACAAAUUAAAUGGGGAACUCAUGCAAGAACUGUGCUGGAUGUUGGAUGUGGUGUUGCCAGCUUUGGUGGAUACUUGCUUGACAGGAAUGUCAUUACUAUGUCUAUUGCCCCAAAAGACGAGCAUGAAGCUCAGAUACAAUUUGCGCUAGAGCGGGGAAUUCCGGCAUUGUUGGCAGUGAUUGGAACACAAAAACUUCCCUUCCCUGAUAAUUCAUUUGAUGUGAUCCAUUGUGCAAGGUGUAGGGUUCACUGGUAUGCUGAUGGUGGAAAACCAUUGUUGGAGCUCAAUAGAGUACUCAGGCCUGGAGGAUAUUACAUCUGGUCUGCGACGCCAGUCUAUCGACGUGGCAAGAGAGAUGAAGAUGACUGGAAUGCAAUGGUUACUCUGACCAAAUCAAUCUGCUGGAGGACAGUUGUAAAAUCAAAGGAUGUUAAUAGGAUUGGAGUUGUUAUUUACCAAAAGCCAACCUCAAAUUCUUGCUACACUGAGAGGAAAAAUAAUGAACCACCUCUAUGCUCUGGGAGCAAUGGCCGCUCUCCAUGGUAUACUCCUCUCGACAGUUGUCUCUUGUUGCCUGUUCUGUCAAAGUCAAGUGAAGGAAAUAGUUGGCCCAUAUCCUGGCCUGAAAGGCUUAACAUCAGAUCUUCAACUUCAUCUGAGAAUUCUUCUACUUGGUUUUCUCAAGAAAAUUUUGAUUCUGAUACAAAAAACUGGAAUGGCCUUAUUUCAGAAGUAUAUUCCAGUGAAUUUGCAGUUAAUUGGUCUAGUAUUCGGAAUGUUAUGGACAUGAAUGCUGGCUUUGGAGGAUUUGCAGCAUCAUUCAUUGAUCGACCUUUAUGGGUGAUGAAUGUUGUACCCUUUGAUCAGCCAGACACUUUGCCUAUCAUUUUCAACAGAGGUUUGAUAGGUGUAUAUCAUGACUGGUGUGAAUCUUUUAAUACAUACCCACGAACCUAUGAUCUUCUUCACAUGAGCUAUCUCCUUCAGAGCCUCGCAAAUAGGUGUGAUAUCAUUGAAAUAGCAGCGGAAAUUGACAGGAUACUUAGACCUGGUAGAUGGUUUGUGUUGCAAGACAAUAUUGGAAUGAUCAGAAAAAUGGACCGCGUUCUUCGCUCUCUGCAUUACAAGACCGCUAUUAUGAGGCGGCAAUUUCUUGUUGCCAGGAAGAGUUUCUGGCGCCCUGACAGUGCAGGCUCUUAAUUGCGAUGAUUCAUGCUUCUCCUUCAGGUGAUUGGUAAACAAGCGUACUCUGACAGCACAGGUUCUUACACGUGGUGAUUCCUGCUUUUCCUUCAGAUGAUUGGUAAACAGGAGAUCCCUGACAGAACAAGCUCUUAAUCGUUGUGAU